AUGGGUUUCGAGAGACCACCAUCAUCAUUACCAUCAUCAUUACAAACAUCAGAAACUUCAAAGGCCAAGUUCAGUCUCUUCUAUAUAUUCCUACUCUGCCUUGUCGUCUGUGUGAUUACCACUUUCAUUACUCCCUCUUCACUGUCUUCCCCAUAUAUUAGGAACUCUAACUCUGGGAAGCUAGGGCACUUCUAUGCACAGGAGGAGGGCCAAAGUACACUGGUGAUAAAGAAGAUGAGGAAGAUUGGUGGUAGCUGGAGCAAAGAGGCGGACCUACGGAGGGUUUUACGGGGAUUGGGGUCAUCUCCACCACGGUGCUUGUCCAGGUGUGGAAGAUGCAGGCCAUGCAAGCCUGAGCGUGUGUCGGUGCCUCCGGGCACGCCUGUCACCGCCGAAUACUACCCGGAAGCUUGGAGGUGCAAGUGCGGCGGCAAGUAUUACAUGCCAUGA